AUGCAGGGUUUUGAGAGGCGGUCGCCAAAUCAUCUGUACCGCAACAGCCUCGUUGCAAUUUUUCUCCGGAAGCUCGAAUAUUGCAGCGCUAUCUUGUUCUUGACAACAAAUCGUGUGUCAGAAUUUGAUGACGCAAUCUUGAGCCGCAUUCAUCUCCCGCUGAAGUACGACAAUCUUGGCCUAGAAGAGAGGAGAUCUGUGUGGCAGAACACAUUGAAACGAGCUGAUACUCCCCACGGAGGGGCCUGUAUCAAGGACCUGGGUUCUCUGACCGCUCCGAAGCUCAACGGUUGGCAGAUCAAAAAUGUUGUCGCCGCAGCACACGCGCUAGCAAUGCAAGGAAAUGCUCCGGUGACAGACCAACAUAUCCAACUAGCCCUUGAUGUGAGCGAGGAGUUCAUCAAGGAAUUUUAUCGCCCUCCAGAGAGGAUGUACAGUUAA